UGCAGAACCGCAGAACCAUUACGUCAUAACAGUCUGAGGACGACAGCGCCAGACCGACUGUUUGAGAGCGGAAGUGGGCGGGGUAGCAGCCCGAUGCCGGAAGUUCAUGUUUAGACGUGUUUGUUUAGACUAGACAGUAAAAGGUUUUUAGACAGUAAAAGAUAAACAUUAAAAGGUUUUUAGACAGUAAAAGAUAGACAAUAAAAGGUUUAACUAUGGCGGAGCACACUGUAGAACAAGGAAAAGAAGAAGAGAAAGAAGAACCACAGAUGGUCAAAGACCUCAGGACCGCAGUUGGAUGGCUGCGGGACAACUGCCACUCCUUCAGAGGUUCUGUGCAAGAGCCGUCAUAUCUGGACCUAAAGAAGGAAGACCAGGAAGAGGCCCUUCUUAAACUUGAUCGGGCGGAAAGAAAAGAUGAUCUGGAACUGGCCAAAAAGCCUUUCAUGUUUCAGUUCCAGUUUCAACAGGACAUGGAAGUUUUUCUUUUCGAAUGUCACGACGAAAGGCACCUCAGAAUAAACUCCAUGUUUAUGGAGUUUUAAUUUGUUAUUUAUUUUUCUCUUGAGAAUUAUUGAUGUAAAAUUUGUGCCUGUAUAACUUUUAUAAGAUUUAUUUUCUUUGGUUUAAUUUGUUUUAUAUAAUUUAUUUAUCUAGUUUGAUUUUGUAAUUUUAUUUAAUUAGAAAACAGCUAGUGUGUGAUUUUAUUUAAAACUCAUUUUAUUUAAAUUAAUGGUUUUUUUUUUUUUUCAGUCCAUUAUAUUAUUGUGUAUGGUGGUCUAUGUUGUUUGAGUAUUUAAAGUUAUUUUCAACUGAAUAAAAUGUUCAAACUCUCAA